GCGCGGGGCGGCACGGAGGGGCUCGGGCGGGGAGGGGCGGCAACGGCGCUGGAGCGUGUCCAGAGUGGGGCAAGGGAGCUGCUGAAGGGCCCAGAGAACCUUGCAGUGGCCUCGGAAGCAUGUGGCUGUGGCACUGGGGGCCCUGAAGACCGCCUGGCUUGCAGGGAGGAAUGCUACGGUGGGCAGUGCACUUGGAAGGCGGGCCACGGAGGGUGAACCACGCGGCCGUGGCUGUGGGGCACAAGGUCUAUUCCUUUGGUGGGUACUGCUCUGGAGAGGACUAUGAGACCCUGCGGCAGAUCGACGUCCACGUUUUCAAUGCAGUGUCUCUGCGCUGGAUCAAGUUGCCUCCAGUGUGGACAAACAGCCGAGACCACGUGAGGGAGGUGCCCUACAUGAGGUACGGGCACUCGGCCGUGCUCAUCGACGACACCGUCUACAUUUGGGGUGGCCGCAACGACACGGAGGGAGCCUGCAAUGUGCUCUAUGCUUUCGACGUCAACACACACAAGUGGUUCACACCAAAGGUGUCUGGAAUGGUCCCAGGGGCAAGAGAUGGGCACUCAGCUUGUGUCCUGGCAAAGAGCAUGUUUAUCUUUGGAGGCUAUGAACAGCUGGCUGACUGCUUUUCAAAUGAUAUCCAUAAAUUGGACACCACAAACAUGACGUGGACCUUAAUCUCUGCCAAGGGUACUCCAGCUCGCUGGAGAGACUUUCAUUCAGCUACCAUCAUUGGAACAAAGAUGUACGUGUUUGGUGGCAGAGCUGAUCGUUUUGGGCCGUUUCAUUCUAACAAUGAGAUCUACUGUAACCGCAUUAAAGUGUUUGAUACAGAAACCAACUCCUGGCUGGACUCCCCUCCCACUGCCGUGCUCCCGGAGGGCAGGCGGAGCCAUUCAGCCUUCAGCUACAACGGGGAACUAUAUGUAUUUGGUGGCUACAAUGCACGCCUGAACAGACACUUCCAUGACCUCUGGAAAUUCAAUCCAGUUUCUCUUUCCUGGAGGAAGAUUGAGCCCAAGGGCAAAGGGCCGUGUCCUCGGCGCCGGCAGUGCUGCUGCAGAGUGGGAGACAGAAUCAUCCUCUUUGGAGGUACCAGCCCAUCUCCAGAGGAGGGAAUGGGUGAUGAAUUCGACCUGAUGGAUCACUCAGAUCUCUACAUCCUCGACUUCAGCCCCAGUCUGAAGACUCUGUGUAAGCUAGCAGUGAUUCAGUACAGCCUGGACCAGUCCUGCCUUCCCCACGACAUCAGAUGGGAGCUCUCAGCCAUGACAACGAACAGCACCAUCAGCCGCCCCAUUGUCUCCAACCAGGGCUGAAGACAACUCGUCCUUCUACCACCCUGCCCUCACCCCUCCACAUACUGACCUCUUGCUCCACUGCCUGCAUGAAUUUUUAGCCCUUUCAAGCAAGGAAUGUGUGAGCUCGGUUUGUCUUGCCCUAGCUAGGCCUCCCUCUGUCCUUGUCACGCUUUGGGCAGCACAAGUGGACAGGCAGAGCUGGCCACUGAGGGAAAAACUGUCUGGCCCCAGCAGCACAGCUGUGACCCCUCUCCUUGCUGGUGGCUCUAGAGCUUCCUUUCCCUUUGCCUGUGGAACUGCAGCUGUGCUGUCCGGUGUCCAUCCACUUUCCAAGGGCCUGAAUCAACUCUUACCACCAGCCAUGG